UUUUACUCAUUAUCAGAUAAAUUAGAUUAUGUAAUACCUGUUAAGUUUUCAUCCAUUUUCAGUAAGGUCGUUUUGUUUAAAAGAAUCAUUGUUUAAAACAUGAAUUUGAACAUGUUAAAUAUAAACCUCUUUGGACUUAUUGAACUGCUAUAAAACUAAUGAUAUAAGCUAGUUUAUGGACACAUUUACAUAAAUAAUAGAAGCAUAGUAGCAGCAUGGAGUUAAAACCUUCACAAAUAUAUUUCUCGCAGGAUUCCAUUAACAAUGUUUUUGACAAAAGAUGUCAGCAUAGUUACCAACUCAUUGGAGAAACCUUGGAUGCGAUUUGUGAAGAUAGAUGCAGUAUUCAUUCUGUCCCGACGAUUUCUGUCAUGCAAAAAAACGGAAGGUGGAUCACUGCCGACAACCGCCGAUUAUGGGUCUUUCGACAACUCGAACGCCUUGGAAAAUGCAAAACUGUACCCGUUUACACCACUUACCACAUUCCCGCUGGGAAGAUGACGGCAUUUAAUGGCGGCGACUCAGUACGCGUGCGCGGAAGUCCAGGAGGAAGGUGGCAUCUGAAACCUAAACCAAAACCGGUUAUACACCAACAGCGUCUAUCGACAGACCCACAAAUGCCCUCGUUGAAUAGAUCUUUUGUCAGGGAACAUGAGAAGUAUUCGACACCUUAUUCAGUUCGACCAAAGCCUACUCCCUCCAUAUAUGGCUACACUUCUCCAGUAUCUGAUCCGGUUGUGAGCCAUCAGUAUAAAUCCUUUUCGCGUCCACCGAGUGACAUUCAAGCACCCUCGUUAAAUAGAUCAUAUAUUCGCGAACAAGAACGAAUAUCGACACCGCGUUCAGUUCGACCCAAACCUCCACCCGCCGCAUAUCACUACCCAACCUCCGUACCUAACUACUCUUCACAAAGGCAGUUAGUUCGUGAUGAUGAAGUACAGGUUACCAUGAAUGAACCUAAUAGGCCAGUUCAACCGGAAGAAAGAAGGAUAAUUUGCUGUACAAUUUUAUAACGAAAUUAGUACGGUAUGUUUGAUAGACUCUAACUUAUCCGUGAUGAGUUAUUUAUUCGGCAUGGUGUUGUUAAUUUUUAAUGCACAUGUCAUUUCUUAUUCCAAUGUUUACCAUUGGUGAAACUAGAAAGUCACCUAUCACCAAAUGUAUAUAAUACAUCUUUGUUAACAAGUUUGUACAAAUUGUAUCACAAGGUUCUGAAGCAUGUCCUUUGCAAUAAGGAUAUGACAUUUGAUGUGGAAAUACAGUGUACGAUACAUUACGAUUAAAUUGAACAUUCAUUGCAUUUAAUCGCACAUACAGCGCAGGUAUAUUUUUAUACCGUUUAUGGUUAUCAUUAUUAUUCAUAUAUAUAUUUGAAAUGAUAUUUUAUUAAUGUUAAGUGUGCCAUAUUAUAUUUUUUUCCAAAUAUUUUACUACUUCAUAUUUGUAUGUAUUUGCAUUAAAAUGUCGUUUUUCUUCCUUCAAAUGUCAUGUUUACUGCAUUUAUCGAAACUGUUUUUAAAAUGUACGAUGAUUUCUAUAGUUCAGCUAUUUUAAAUGUCUUAAUAUUCAUUGAAGCAUAAUAUUUGUUAUCAUCAAUAACAUUGUUUGUGUUACUGUUAUCCUUGAAUACGUUUCAAUAAA